AUGAGCGCCCCCAAGAAGGCGCGCAUCGAGCCGCCGCCGGCGCGGUCCGGCGGCCUGUCGCUCCUCGAGAACUUGACGGCCAAGUCGAGCAGCCUCACGAGCGACAUGCGCCAGCACAAGCGCGAGGUCGCCGCCAAGGAGGGCGCCGAGAAGGCCCGGGCCGAGAGCGUGCUGCGCGGCGUGCCCAUCGUCGGCGCGAUCGCGAGGAGCCUCGGCGCCGCGCGGGCGCGGCUCCGCGACGACCCCGGCGCCGUGCCGGGCGGCGCGGCCGUCGAGGUCGAGGCGCGGCUCGGCGUCGCGUGCGAGCGCUACGCGGCGCUCGGCGGCGGCGACGACGGCGCGGGCCGGCGCUACGUGGCGUCGCGGCGGGGCUGCGGCGCCGUGCCCCUGGACGGGUGCGACGCCAAGUUCUGCCCCGGCGUGAGCGAGAUCGCGUUCCGCGACGUCGCCGAGAAUUUGCGGCGCUACGCGGGCAAGCGGCGCGCGCCGCUCGCGGUGGCCGAGACCGUCGAGUCGACCUUCGGCAGCGACGAGUCGCCCUACCGCCUCGUCGUCGCGGCCGGGUCGAAGAGACUGGAAAAGAAGGCCGCCGUCGACGUCUUCGACUUCGCGUUCCCGUCCGCGUCCUACGACCUCCGGCUGCAGACCGCGGGCGAGGCGCCCGCGCCCUGGGACGCGCAGCACCUGCCGCGGCCGGAGAAGCCCGCGUGGACCUGGCGCCGCGUGAAGAAGCGCUGCUCCUACGUCGUCCAGUCCGGCCCGCUCGCCGCGUGGCGCGUCGACUGCACCGAGGUCACGUCGCUCGCUUAUCCGGUGGACGCGUUGACGACGGACAUGGCGCUGGGCCUCGGCGGCGCGGGCGGCGCCGUGCCGGGCACGCCGGGCCCCGCGACGACGACCGUGACGCACGAGGUCGAGGUCGAGCUCGCGCGCGAGGCGACGGCGCGGUGGCUCGCGUCCAGCGCGGGCGGCGGCGAGGACGCGGAGUCGCGCGCGCUCGCGGAGAGCCUGGUGCAGCUCUUCGCCGUGCUCGCGCCCAUCGAGCGCUGCGACUCGCGGCCGAAGCCGAGCUGCGCCGCGUCGCCGACCGCGCGCCAGGCGGCCAAGGACGCGCUCCGGGCCGUCGCCGCGGGCGCGCGGCGGUCCUUCCCGGGGUCCAUGCCCUGCGGCUUCGCGCGGCGCCACGUGACGAUGAUCCAGCGCGAGCCCUACUUCGUCGCGGAGAAGUCCGACGGCGAGCGGCGGCUUUUAGUCGGCGUCGACGACGGCGCGCGGCGCGGCGCCGCGCUCGUCGACCGCAAGGCGCAGGUCGAGACCGUGCGGCUCCACGGCGCGGCGCUGGCGGGCCUGCCGCCGGGCGCCAUCCUCGACGGCGAGGUCGUGCAGAACCUGGCCACGGGCGCGCCCGCGUUCCUCGUCUUCGACGUCCUCCACGACGGGCGGCGCGACGUCUCGGGCCUCGACUUCGAGGAGCGCUUCUUCGGGUCGCUCGCGGGGCCGCUGCGCGGUUGCCUCGCCGUGCCCUGCCCGGGCCGCGACGGCGAGCCGGGCGCCGUGUCGCCCGAGGACGAGGACCGCGCCUUCGCGGACUUUGGGACCGACGCCGCGGAGCCGCCGGCGGAAUUGGCGGAGCUGCCCGUGCUCCGCGUCGUGCCCAAGCGCUUCGUGCCGCCGAAGCGCAUCGGCGCGGCGGUCCUCGCCCGCGUGUCCCGCGACGACGACGUCAACGGCGCCGUCCGCUACGGCGCGCGCGUCUACCGCGACGGCGCCGCGCGGUUCCACCUCAGCGACGGCCUCGUCUUCGUGCCGGGCGGGCCCUACGUCGCGGGCACGGACCCCAAGCUCCUCAAGUGGAAGUGGACCGACGGCCUCACGGUAGACCUCGAGGUGCGGGGCGCGGGCAAGGGCGGCGACCUGUCCUUCUUCGCCGUCGACGACGACGGCGACGCCGUCGACUGCUCGAAGCACGUCGCGCUCCCGGAGCACGACGCCGCGCGGCUCCGCGCGGACGUCAAGGCGACGCCCAAGGGCACGGCGACGGUCGCCGAGCUCGGCCUCCACGCCGAGUCGGGCCUCUGGGAGUACCACGGCUUCCGCCCGGACAAGGCCACGGGCAACCACUUCGACGUCUUCCUCUCGACGCUCCUCCUCCACGCCGAGUCGCCGAGCGAGCACGAGCUCGAGUACCGCCUCCGCACGGACGACCCGACCAAGGACGACUUCGCCAAGCGCAUGGACGCCGCGACGCGCGCCGCGUGCUCGCCCUGGCAGGAGCACUUCUCCAAGUCCAACAACCGGCCCUACUGGUGGAACUCGACGACGAACCAGAAGACCUGGGAGAAGCCGCCGGGCGUCUAA